AUGGAUCGCUCCAAUGGACUCAUUUCGAGACAAGGAAGCAUAUCCCGCGUACCAUGGCCCUCUGAGACAUCGGCUUUUACAUCUCAUCUCCGGCAGUGCUCUGCUGAGUCUGCUUCGGAAAGACAUCUUGGAUUUGACUGCACCCACCCGGCUUUUAGUAGCUAUAUCUUCCAGAUUCCUGGCCAAGAUGACAGAGAUGCUAUCAGACAGCAGCAAAUGAUGUAUCCUAUCCAGCAUCAGAUGAAUCACACAACGCCGGGCACCACAGCUGCAACUGCAUCUCGAGGCCUCGCCUCGAGCAACUGGCGCACUAUUGGCCAAGACGGAAGAAGCUUCACACGAGUCCUUCCUCAGGCUCAGCUAGGCACAAACUUGGCUCAGGCGGCAAUGGGACACGGCGAAGAAAGAGGCAUUGCGACUGGAGCCGGCCCCGUCUCUUGGCCCAGCAGCGUGAACGAUGGGUAUGCGUAUUACCUAAAUCGUGGCGAUGGACAGGUAACCAGGCUCAUACCAGCCGACGUGCUGCCAUCUUUAAAUGAGAUCCCGCCGAGAGAGCCUGAGCAGCGAGGAAUGAUCGUUUUGCCUUUGCCACGAGGUGCCAGGCCAAGUGGAACGGCAGAUAUAAAUCUUGCAGUAACAGUCAAGAACCAAAUCGACCGCAUCGUUGCCACAGGCCCUAAUAUGCACAAGAGGAACAAGGUUUACUGUGAUAUGUGGAUCCAUGAGGGCAGAUGUGCAUUCACCCAGACGGGAUGCAAAUUCAAGCACGAGAUGCCCCUGGAUGAAGAAUCCCAGAGAGCCCUUGGACUUUUUCAGGGUCUGCCUGCUUGGUUCAAGAAGCAGCAAGAGGAGUCGGCUAUGAGAACAGCCUUGGAGAGUUCUAGUUCUAGUUCCGAAGCCUCACCUACGACUUCGUCGUCUCGAAGCUCGGAAUUUGCUUGGCAGAGUGUUGCAUUGGGUAGGAUCCCAGGACCGGUAGAUCCUUUGGCGGCAAUGUCUCAAGAUAACAAUAAGCUCCGUAUGUUCAAUGGUGAUCGCCCAGUUCCGUUUUCAUGGGGCCCUAUCGCCCGUCCGAAGGGGCCGACAUCAUUUAAUGGCCCAUGGGGAAAGGUCCCUGGAAGUCAGACAUAG